UUCUAAAGUGGUGUGUUUACAAAAUUUUCACAACACAGUAUUUCCACAAAUGUGAAUCAGUUAUUGAGUAUUUGAAACAUAUUUCACUUGUACCUAAUUACUAGAAAGCUCCAUUAUUUAGAAACACUGUGAGUAUAAUGGUAGUACCCUCUGUGAGAUGAUUCAACCUAUGCAACACGAGACAACUCGGCAAAAAACACAUUGCGUAUAGUAAUUGUGAAAUGGUAAAACUUUAAUUCUAACAACACGCUUCCUAUUUUUAACAGAAUGUAUUCAGUAGAGAGCCUCUGUGAAAGUAACAAUGGUAAAGUAAAUAAAGUUAAAGAAGAUAAUCAGUGUGGAAAAACUUUCAGCUGGAUUGGGAAUUUUACUAGCCUCAGAAGAAUUGCUGGAGUAAAUCCUAUUGGAUCCCUUGAGUGUGGAAAAGCCUUUAUGGAUCAUUUGUCAUUUAAAAAUCAUAUCAGAUCUCACACUGGAUACACACCUUAUCAUUGUAAGGAAUGUGGAGAAGGCUGCACUUGUCCUUACCUAAAACUUCAUGUGAAACUUUGUAAAUGUAAGGAUUAUGGGAAACCUUGUAGUUGUUCCUUACCCCUCACUAAACAUAUGAGAACUCACAGUGGAGAGAGGCCUUAUGAAUGUAAGGAGUGUGGGAAGGCCUUUAGUUAUCUCUCAAGUCUCACUAGACGUACACGAACUCACAGUAAAGAGAGGCCUUAUGAAUGUAAGGAAUGUGGGAAAGCCUUUCGCUGUUUUUCAUCUCUCACUGCACAUGUAAGAUCUCACAGUGGAGAGAGGCCUUAUGAAUGUAAGGAGUGUGGGAAAGCCUUUAGUCGGCCCUCAGACCUCAUUAGACAUACAAAAACUCACAGUGGAGAGAGGCCUUAUGAAUGCAAGGAAUGUGGGAAAGCCUUUACUUGUUUCUCAUCUCUUACUAUACAUAUAAGAUCUCACAGUGGAGAGAAGCCUUAUGAAUGUAAGGAAUGUGGGAAAACCUUUAGUCGGUCCUCACACCUCAGUACCCAUAUAAUAACGCACAGUGAAGAGAAGCCUUAUGAAUGUAAAGAAUGUAGGAAAGCCUUUAAGCAAUUUACACGACUCACUAGACACAUGAGAGUUCACAGUGGAGAGAAGCCUUAUGAAUGUAAGGAAUGUGGAAAAGCCUUUAGUCAGUUUUCACAACUCACUAGACAUGUAAGAAUUCACAGUGGAGAGAAGCCUUAUGAAUGUGAAGAAUGUGGGAAAGCCUUUAGACGAUUCUCACACCUCACUGCCCAUAUAAUAACACACAAUGAAGUGAGGCCUUAUGAAUGUAAAGAAUGUGGGAAAACUUUUAAUCAGUUUUCACAACUCACUAGACAUUUAAGAGUUCACAGUGGAGAGAAGCCUUAUGAAUGUAAGGAAUGUGGGAAAGCCUUUAGUCAGUUUUCACAACUCACUGGACAUAUAAGAAUUCACAGUGGAGAAAAGCCUUAUGAGUGUAAGGAAUGUGGAAAAUCUUUUAGACGGUUUUCAUACCUCACUGGCCAUAUAAGAGUUCACAAUGGGUACAGGCCUUAUAAAUGUAAAGAAUGUGGGAAAGCCUUUAGUAGAUCCUCAAACCUCACUACCCAUCUGAGAUUGCACAGUGGAGAGAGGCCUUAUGAAUGUAAGGAAUGUGGGAAAGCCUUUUUUCAGUCCUCACACCUCAAUGACCAUGUUAGAACUCACAGUGGUGAGAAGCCUUAUGAAUGUAAGGAGUGUGAGAAAGCCUUUAGUUGUUUCUCAUCCUUCCAUAAACAUGUUAGAACUUACCAUGAAGGUAGGCCUUCUGAUGGUAAGGAAUGUGGGAAAGCCCUUAGUUCUCACACUUCACUGGUCAUAUAAGACCUCAGUGGACAGAACCUGUGGCACACUAAAUUGCUAUCAUAUGGCCCUUCUAGCCAUGGUUUUGUAACUCGCACAAAAUGAUUGGGUGGGACUAUGCAAAUAAGGUGAAUGGAGCCCUUGUAGGGGAUUGGUCCGUUUUGCCAUAUCAAUAGGUUUAAAAAGGAGCUGAUCCUAUAGAAGGGUAGAAGAACCUGACUACCAUCAAGAAGAAAGGCCAGGAACGGAGUGCAUCUUGUGAACCUGUGGUCCUUGCACUGGGAACCUUCUAGACCCAGGUGACAGAGGAGUUUAACAUUGUAGGAGGAGUGGCGUGAGGCAGUGAGGAGCAGUGGCAAGCACAACAGGGGAACAUACAGCACCAGAACCACAAGACCGGCCCAAGAUUGCAUGAUUGGCUUUCUGGCCCUCCGAGUGAGGCAGCCACAGUGGGCUCGCCAGUCCACACAGUGAGAGAGCUGAGUGCUUUCGGGCAGGAAGCUUUGUGGUAGAGAGGGGUGCCUCCCGGCACUAGUUGGUGAAGCUAGGCUUACUGUUCCAAGGAACAAGAACUGAGCACCUUUGGUCAGGAGGCUUGCUGGCGGAGCAGGGUGCUGCUGGGUACUUAUCAGCCUGACUAAAGAGGUCUAACACUUGACUGAGCAGGGCAGAGGCUGUCAGCAGGUCGCAGACCCAAGCAGGUAGCAGCAGCAGCAAGGCCCUGACCAGGGUGCAGUGACAGAGGCCAAGACGCAGUCCUUAUCGAAGAACUGUGUCCUGAGGUGUUACUUCUGUGUUUAUCCUGAUCCUGAAUUGUAACCUGUUAUUUCCCUAAUAAACUCCAUUAAUUGUGAGUAUUGUCUUUGAGUUCGUUGUGGCCAUUGCAAUGAAUUAUCGAACCAGUAGAGAGGUACAGAGUGCUGUGGAUGGGAUGGCUGGUGUCAGAAUUGAUAGUUCGGAGAGUGGAGGUUUUGUUAGAUUUCCACCUUAUAGGAAUCAGCUUUGGGCUUUGGGCUGAUGUUGACGGUGGUUCUUUCUCCUCGUGAAGCUAGACGAUGGCUUCUACUGCCAUGCCAUUUUUACAGAAGCUUUAUGAAUAGUAAGGAAUGUGGGAAAGCCUUUAGUUGGUCUUCAUCCCUCACUAACCAUAGAAUAGAGUUUACAGUGCAGGGAUGCCUUAUGAUGUUGGAAAGCCUUAGUCUUCAUACCUCACUAGACAUAAAAGACUUUACAGUGGAGAGAGACCUUAGGAAUGUAAGGAAUAUGGGAAAGCUUUUAGUUAUUCCUCAUUCCUCAGUAAAUAUUUAAGAACUCAUAGUGGAGAGAGGUCUGAUGUAUGUAAGGAAUGAGGGAAAGUCUUCAGUUCUCUCAGCCUUUUGAAGUCAUGUGAGAAGAUACACUGGAAAUAAACAUGUGUUAGGUAAUGUUGGAAGGCUUUUGGUAAUCCCUCAUCUUUACCAAAAAAAAAAGAAA